UCAGCAAACAGGUUCCCGCAGGCCCGGGCUCUCUCAGAAGGCUGCCUGGAGGAGGCGGAGGAGCCCUGAGACAGGCGCAGAAAGGAAGCAGGCGUAGGAGCGGGAGGGAGAGUAGACAGUACCCAAGGGCGGACUCCGGCCCGAACCCCCAGACUGGUCACGUGAACGCAGGCGGGGCCCAGGUAGUGCGGUGACGCAGCCGGCGCGGCCAGGUGAGGCAGCCGCGGUGCAGCAGGUGCCCAGGGUGCGUCCCGCCCUCCGGCCGCGCAACCGCCGGCGGAGCCCACCUGGCCCGGCUCCGCCCGUCCGCCCGCCCGCCUGCCCUGCAGGAAGUAGGGAGGGCGGGACCGACUGGCCGCAGGACAGGGAUCCAGCAGCACUACAAGCUGUACCCGCCCCGCUGCUCCUCGGCCGCACGCACAGAUUUUAAAAUUGAAGCCAAGAAGUGGCACCUGUAAUCAUUGAGGACCCCAGGUUCCCAGGCCCCCAGCAGGGCAGCUCUUGACGAGUAUUGAGGACCUCCAAUCACGGAGGGUCCCUCUGCCACCCAGCAUGUCCCAGAGACAUUCUGACAGCUCUUUGGAUGAGGAACCACUGGAACAGCGUUUCCAUGCAGAGCUGCGACUCGAUGCCAAUGGGAACCCUAUGCCAGGGAUCCCCAUGGUCCGUAGCUCCUUGAAAGCCAGAACCAAUGCUGCCUUUGAGCCAGAGGCCUCCGAACCCCCGCAGGUGCCCCCAGAAGAUGGAGAGCCACGACCCAUCGUCCUCAGCACACAGAGCCCCGCGGCACUCAAGAUGGGCACCCAGCAGCUCAUCCCUAAGAGUUUGGCCGUGGCCAGCAAGGCCAAGACCAAGUCCCCAGCCCGCCACCAGAGCUUUGGGGCAGCCAUGCUCAGCAAGGAGGCUGCUCGGCGGGAUCCUCGGCUCUUCUCAACCCCCAGCUUCUCCUUGGAUGACAUGGAUGUGGACACUAGCAUGAAUCUGACUCGAAAACUGAGGAACCAGUCCUACAGGGCAGCUAUGAAAGGCCUAGGGCCACCCAGCAGCAAGGGAGACUCAGUCCAGCUCGGCCCCAAGCUCCAGGCCCUCGCUGAGGAAGGUCCCCGGCCUCCUGCCCAGUGCCUAGCCAAAAAUAAGAAAACUCUGGGUCGGAAACGUGCACACAAGGGCUCCUUCAAAGAUGAACCCCAGUUGUACCAGGAGAUCCGAGAGCGGGGUCUAAAUACCAGUCAUGAGUCUGAUGAUGACAUACUCGAUGAGCCUGCCAGCCCAGAGGGAUCUCAAAGAGCGGACACCACCAUUGUGGUCAAGAGCUAUCGGCCUGCCCAGCUCACCUGGAGCCAGCUGCCGGAGGUGCUGGAGUCAGGUAUCCUGGACACACUGUCGGUGGAGGAGCGCAAGCGGCAGGAGGCCAUCUUUGAAAUCCUCACGUCCGAGUUCUCCUAUCUGCACAGCCUGAGCAUCCUGGUGACUGAGUUCCUGCAGUCCAGGGAGCUGAAGGCCACUAUGACACAGACAGAACACCACCACCUCUUCUCCAACAUCUUGGAUGUGCUGGCUGCCAGUCAGAAGUUCUUUGAAGCCCUGGAGCAGCGGCACAAGGCACAGGUGUGUGUGGAGGACAUCAGUGACAUCUUGGAGGACCACGCAGAGAAGCACUUCCACCCUUACAUUGCCUACUGCUCCAACGAGGUCUACCAGCAGCGCACCCUGCAAAAGUUGUCGAACAGCAAUGCAGCCUUCCGAGAAGCCCUAAGGGAGAUUGAGAAACGGCCCACGUGUGGAGGCCUGCCCAUGAUCUCCUUCCUGAUUCUCCCCAUGCAGAGGGUGACCCGGCUGCCACUCCUGACAGAUACACUCUGCCUGAAGACACAGGGCCAUCCUGAAAGGUGUAAAGCUGCCAGCCGUGCCCUGAAGGCCCUCAGCAAGCUGGUGAAGCAGUGUAACGAGGGGGCCCACAAAAUGGAGCGCACAGAGCAGAUGUACACGCUGCACACACAGCUGGAUUUUGGUAAGGUCAAGUCCCUCCCGCUCAUCUCUGCCUCUCGCUGGCUCCUGAAGCGUGGAGAGCUCUUCCUCUUGGAGGAAUCCAGCAUCUUUAGGAAAAUUGCCAGCCGACCCACAUGCUACCUGUUCCUGUUCAACGAUGUCCUGGUUGUCACCAAGAAGAAAAGUGAGGAAAGCUACCUGGUCCAAGACUACGCACAGCUAGACCAGGUCCAGGUCAGGAAGCUGGAGGCCUCAGAGCCCUCCCUGCCAGGAGGCAGCACCCGCAGUUCCUCAGUGCCCCACCCCUUCCAAGUGAACCUGCUGCGCAACAGUGAGGGCCGCCAGGAGCAGAUUCUGCUGUCCUCGGACUCUGCGAGUGAGCGGGCCCGGUGGAUCACAGCCCUCACCUACAAGGAAAGGCAGUGGCAGGGCCUCACCAACAAAGGAGACCUACCCCAGGUGGAGAUCACCAAGGCAUACUUUGCCAAACAGGCUGAUGAGAUCACACUGCAGCAGGCUGACGUUGUCCUGGUCCUACAGGAAGAGGACGGCUGGCUGCACGGAGAGCGGCUUCGGGAUGGAGAGACGGGCUGGUUCCCCGAGAGCUUUGCUCGCUGCAUCACCAGCCGCGUGGCAGUGGAGGGCAACGUGCGCAGGAUGGAGCGGCUCCGGGUGGAGACAGACGUGUAGCUGAACCGCUCAGCAGCCAUUGUGGACACAGCUCCAGUCCUCCCACCUAGCCCCAGGAAGUAGGACACAGCUCCGUUCCUUGGGCCUUCCCACAGCCUCAUGGUUGAGUGCAGAACACGGGACAUCUGUACAUUCCACCUGCUUUCUCGGAAGGCUUUGAGGCAAGCUCCAGGGGCCUACAUUCUGGUAGGAGUCCAGCUUGGCUCCUCGAUUGCCACCUGAGCCACACCCAGGCCAAGGGUGAUAAAGGACUGCUGCCUUCGUUGAAGAUAUCACAAGGCCACCUCCCAGAUCCACCCCUCUUUCCCAAGUGAGACAGGAAGGGCCCGUGUCAGAGAGGACAGUGUUGGUGGAAGGUGACCUGAGGUGCCAGCAGAAAUGUUAUGAUGGGAGUUUUUAAAUAACAUUAAACUAUUUCUUUAAAACUUGGGUUUACACCUGAGCUCAGGUCACAGCCACUUGUCUCAGUGAAAUCCCAAGGUAUAACAGGUGUGUGGAGCCUGGCCUCGGGUCUGUCCUUAGCUCUGACCCAUCUGUCUACUAGCCAGAGUGUCGCAGCAAAGCUGGGGCUCCUGCUUGUGGGGUCAGAAAUGUUAACAGCUGCACCUUACAGGGCUUAGCCUGACCACAGGGUUCUGAGAGCUUAGACACAGUGGAGAAUCUGGGGUGGUGAUCCCAGUCCCUGAAAACCUCCCUUUUGGGGAUCUACAGGCCAGAAAGGCAGCCUCCAUGCUGACUACGGCCAAGCUAGGUCUCUCCAACAGCACCCCCAGCCUGGUGCUGAAGCCCCAUGCCUUCCUCUGCUCGGCUGGUGCUAGACUGGGGUGGAGCACCCAGCAUCCACUGUAGCAUCGGUCCCAUCCUACUGGGCUUAGCCUUGCUACAGAAGUGACAGGUACGGGUGAAUCUCCACUAGGUGUAAAAGCACAAUGGUGAUGCCCUACCUCCCUAGGCUUGGGGAAGAGCCACGCCUCUAGACAGGCUAGGGCCAGCCACUCCCUAUGGCCUCCAUGACCAAAGAAGCCAGAAGGGCCAAGUCUAGGCUCAGCCUGACACUAGUCUUCACCAACGUGAAUACUCACCCAUGUUUGUGAGUGGCUGCUUUGAGGGGAGGGCCAGGCCAGAGUUCAGGGAGUAGGCAUGGCCUGGGUUGACUCUGAGGUAGGGCCUAGUACCUCCUUCAACCUGAAAUAAACGUCUCCAUCUUCCUCACCCUAAUGCCCCACUUCCUUGGGGCUGUGGGUGUGUGUGUAAAGCACACUGGUGGCCACGGAGUGGUGUGUAUGCACAUAGGUGCAGUAUGUGCACUGAUGUUCGCCUGUGGCACAAGCAGAAACACGUUGGUGUGAACCCACUGUCCUGUGGCCUCUGGUUUGCUCCCCGCAUUGACCCUCUGAGGAGCAUGUCAAGGAGAAGCAGGCUGGCCCACCACCAAGCACCUUCAGUAGCUAGAACAAGGUGGAUUGGAAGGCUGUGAACCCAAGCCUCUAGCCUUUCCUCCAGGGAGCGAGAGAAAGUUAGUCCGGCCAUGAUACCAUGAAGAUGUGCACACAACUGCGCCUUCCUCCCAGUCUUGGGACUGCUGUUUCCCUUUGCUCAUCAGGCUCAUUUCUGGUCCAGAACAUCCCUGACUCUGUCCAGGCUGCCUCGCUCCUACCACCAUGGGCCAUAAGGUGGUGGUGCUUUCUCUCUCAGGCCCCCUGGUGGCUAUAAAAGGCACUAACAUGGGAGCUACACUCGAGGACCCCAGCUUUCCUGCCUCACUUAAGACUCUAGCUUUGACCCCAAGAAAGUGAAGCCAUGGUGAGGACUCCCACUGCCAUUCUGGUGAAAAUGCCCCUCCCAUGUCCUUAGCCAGUCGGUGUGUCCAGACCGUCAUUCCUCUUUAUCACCCUGCUUGUCAGACACCAGCCACCACCUGUCCCUGAUGCACGGUCGCUGGACCUCUGGCUGAACAUGGUAAGUUGUCCCUUCAGUCAUGUCCCAAUUAACCCACUGUCAGAGUCUGGACCUGGAGCUGGGGGAUGCUGGGAAAUGAACAGGGCCUCUGCAGUCCGCAAGAACUGCAAGUGCUCUUCAUGGCGGAGCCAUCUAUUCUGUGCCCUAUAUUUCUACUAUGUGGGUCCUGGGUUCAAACUCAAGUCAUCAGGCUGCAGUCAGGCACCCACUGAGCAAUCUUGCCAGUCCAAAGUUCCUUUAAUCUCCACUUAUGCCAAGCCUGGCAUUUUUCCUCCCCCCAAAUACAUCCACAUUCCAACUGGAAAGGUGCUAGAUUGUAGCUGCCCGCCACAUUCUUUGGAAAAUCCCUGCACUUCUCCCUUAUUUUUCUCACUUUGUAUUUAAA